AUGAUGGAAAGAAUAAGAAAAGAGAUGAUUCUGAUGGAGAGAGGGCUGCACAGCCCCACGGCCGCCAAGAGAUUCUCCAGUUUGUCCGACUCGGCUGGCAAUGCUGUGCUCGAGGCCCUGGAAAAUUCGCAGCACCCGGCUCGCCUCAGCCCGCGCUUGCCGUCCGCCCCCCUACACGGCGCUCUAGGAGACCUCCCCGCCAAGGGCAAAUUCGAAAUAGACACUUUAUUCAACCUGCAGCACCCGGGCAGCGAAAGCACCGUCUCAUCCGAAAUCACCUCCGCAGCCGACAGCCGCAAGAAGUCCGGUCAUUAUACCGAGGCGGCUGCCGAGGCCGAUAUGAACAGCGACGUGGAGGUGGGCUGCUCGGCUCUGCGCUCCCCCGGAGGCCUCGGGGCCGUGCAGCUCAAGGAAAACAAUGGCAAAGGGUACGCGGACAGCGGCUCCGCCGCGGGCAACACCACGUCGACGCCUGGCUCAGGCCUCGGCAACCUGCAUGGAGGCGGCGGUGGCGGCGGGGGCGCGGCGCUGGGAGGUUCUGGCUCCGGCGCGGAUCAGGUACGGCGCUACCGCACGGCGUUCACCCGCGAGCAGAUCGCGCGCCUGGAGAAGGAGUUCUACCGGGAGAACUAUGUGUCGCGGCCCCGCCGAUGCGAGCUGGCAGCUGCGCUCAAUCUGCCCGAAACCACCAUCAAGGUGUGGUUCCAGAACCGGCGUAUGAAGGACAAGCGGCAGCGCCUGGCCAUGUCCUGGCCGCACCCAGCCGACCCCAGCUUCUACACCUAUAUGAUGACGCACGCGGCCGCCACCGGAAGCCUGCCCUACCCCUUCCACUCGCACGUGCCGCUGCACUACUACCCGCACGUGGGCGUCACCGCAGCGGCCGCUGCAGCCGCGGCCUCGGGCGCCGCUGCAGCCGCCUCAUCACCCUUCGCCACUUCCAUCCGCCCGUUGGACACCUUCCGAGCCCUCUCACACCCUUACUCGCGACCUGAGCUGCUGUGCAGCUUCCGUCACCCGGGCCUUUACCAGGCUCCCGCCGCCGGCUCGGACUUCGGCUGCAGCGCCGCGGCGCCGCGCUCUGAGAGCGGCUUUCUGCCCUAUUCGGCCGCGGUGCUCAGCAAGACCGCCGUGAGCCCACCGGACCAGAGGGACGAGGCGCCGCUCACCAGAUAA